GAGCCCUCCAGAAAAACGCAGCUUGGCCGGCAGGCAGGUGUAGGUGGCUGAGGCUCCCUCAAUCUUGAGCAGCCAUGUCGAACCCCAGUGCUCCACCUCCAUAUGAAGACAGAAACCCUCUUUAUCCUCCUCCUCCAUCAGAGGGAUUCCACCCUGGAGGUUACCCAGCUUAUCCCCAGCCAGGUUUUAGGCACCCAGCUGGAUAUCCUCAGCCCAUGCCUCCCAUUCAUCCAAUGCCUAUGAACUUUGGAAGAGGUGAAGUCUAUGGGGGAGAUGAGUCCGCAAUGAGUGACAGCUUUGGGACUGGAGAGUGGGAGGACAAGAAGGUCCAACACCGCUUCAUUCAGAAGGUUUACACCAUCAUCUCAAUCCAGUUGCUCAUCACAGUUGCCAUCAUUGCUGUUUUCACCUUUGCGGAACCUGUUAAAACCUUUGUGAGGCAGAACGUGGCUAUCUACUACGCAUCCUAUGCUGUCUUCCUGGCCACAUACCUGACCCUUGUCUGCUGCCAGGGACCUCGGCGCCGCUUCCCAUGGAACCUCAUUUUGUUGACCAUUUUUACCUUUGCAAUGAGCUUCGUGACUGGCUGCAUAGCCAGCAUGUAUAACUCAAGAGCAGUCAUCCUGGCUAUGAUUAUCAUUGCUAUUGUCUCCAUUGCGGUCACCAUAUUCUGCUUCCAGACCAAGGUGGACUUCACAUCAUGUGCAGGGCUCUUCUGUGUGCUUGGGAUUGUGUUGACAGUGACUGGAAUUAUCACCGCUAUCGUGCUGUCUUUCAAAUAGGUACCCUCGCUCCACAUGCUGUAUGCUGCCCUUGGGACUAUUGCUUUUACCCUGUUUUUGGCAUAUGACACACAGCUGGUCCUAGGAAACAGGAAGCACACCAUCAGCCCAGAGGAAUACAUCACAGGCGCCCUGCAAAUCUACACGGAUAUCGUCUACAUCUUCACCUUUGUGCUGCAGCUUCUGGGGGACCACAAUCAAGGAGGCCUCCCUUCUUCCCCAGGCUCCUUCUUCCCUUUGUUUCUGGGUUGGCCAGUCAUUGCCAUGCCUCGUUUCUCUCAGUAA